AUGAGGACUACUUUCGCCAUCACCGGUCUGUUGACCCUCGCCAGCACCGUCUUCGCUGCAGGUGAAGGCUUCAUUGGCAACACACCUUCCAAGUUCGGCAACCACUCUACCGAGACCAAGGAGUACAUCAUUACCUUCAUGCGCAAUGAGACUGCCCAAUUCCGGGGUGUGAAGAAGUACCUGGAGGAACUAGAAAUCCAGGACAAUGACGGCGACGUUGUCAAAUGGGAAUCUACCAACGACCGCAUAAAGGUCAUGGUCUUCGCAAUCUGCGAUACCCACGCUCAGUACCUUGCCAAGAAUUACCCCGAGGUCAACAUCGUCGAAGAGAAGGUCUCCGUACAGUCCUUCGGCCAAAAGUCUGCCGCUCCCUGGGGUCUGCAACGCAUCUCUAGUGACGCUGGCGCAUCCGGAUCACCUCAGUCUCAGGACUUCACCUACUCUUUCUCCGACGAGAACCUCGGUGCUGGUGUCGACAUUUACGUCAUUGAUACUGGUGUGCGAACAUCUCACGCUGUUUUCACUGGCCGCGGCACCCAGGGUUUCUCCGCUACUGGAUCAUCUGUCGACGGUGACGGCCACGGCACUCACGUUGCUGGUACUGCUGGUGGCGCGAAGUUCGGCGUCGCUCAGGGUGCCAACAUCAUCGCUGUCAAGGUCCUCGGCGAUGAUGGCUCUGGCUCGUCCUCUGACACCAUUGCUGGUAUGGAUUGGGUCAUCAGCAACCACGAGAAGCGCAAGACCCAGCCCGGUUUCGUAGGUUCCAUCAUGAGCAUGUCCUGGGGUCUUCAGGGAACUGCAAAUUCUGUCGACGAAGUCAUUGCCAGCGCUAGUGAAGCUGGUAUCCACGUUUCCGUUGCUGCCGGUAAUGAUGGCACUGAUGCGUGCGGUUCAACUCCCGCUCACCUCGGUGGAAGCAACUCGAACGUUGUCACCGUUGGCUCAGUCAACAUCGACAACGAGGUCUCCACUUUCUCUAACAUCGGCAAGUGCGUUGACAUCUACGCCCCCGGCGAGCAGAUUCUCAGCGCGUGGAGCACCGGCGACAACAUCAUCAACUUCCUCUCUGGUACAUCCAUGGCCUGCCCUCACACAACCGGUGUUAUGGCCACUCUCAUCGCUGCCGACCCCACCGGCCUUGGCCAGAACCCGGCUGCGCUGAAGAAGAAGCUCCUCGAGACUGCCCGCACCAGCAAGGUUUCCGGCAACCUCGGCGGCAGCGCUAACCUGCUUCUCAGCAACGGUGUCAAUGGCAGCCCCGCCGCCCGUCUUGUCAAGAACUACGUCGUUCCUGAGCGCAGCGGCAGCCCCGCCGCCCGCGCUGCCCAGAAGGUCAACAACGGCGACCUUGAGAGGUGGGUCGUUGUCUCUGACGACUCGCCUCUGAGGUUUUAG